CCCUAAAGCUGAACUAGAACUGGUUCAGUUUGGUGUUAGAGGUGAACACUGGCACGGACAGUCCGCAGAGCAGCAUCAGGAUGGAAGGGGUCUUCAUUGGUGUCUUGUGUCUCUCAGGGUGCCUCACCUUCUCCACAUGCCUCCUCCAUCAGUACCACUUUGUGUCUGAUGCAAAGACUUGGACUGAAGCCCAGAGCUACUGCAGAGAGAAGUACACAGACCUGGCCACUGUUGAAAACACUGAAGAAAUGAGGAAACUUAACGUACUGUCUGCCGCUGAUCACAGCUCUACGGUUUGGAUUGGCCUGUACAGUCAUAUUGACUGGAAGUGGUCCGAUGGAUUCAACCAGAGUGGAGCUGAAUAUAGGAGCUGGUUUGGAAAGGACCCAAACUAUGUUAAUGCCAAUCAGUUCUGUGUGGCAAUGAAAACUACAGGAGCGUGGAUUGAUAAUUUCUGCCAUGAUCAGAUUCCAUUUGUCUGCUACAGAGGAACAUUAGAGGAUUCUGACUUUGAGCUAGUGAAUGAAGCAAAGACUUGGUCUGAGGCUCAGAAGCACUGCAGAGAACACUACACAGAUCUGGCCACUGUGAGGAACGACGCUGACAACAACAAGAUACGGAACUUGAAUCCUUUAAUAUGGGCAUGGAUCGGUUUGUACAGAGAUCUUCAGAUUUACUGGUCCGACGGGAGUAACUACUCAUUCAGCUCCUGGUAUCAGGGUGACAACCCACUUGGCUCGAUGAAAGUCGUAUGUGGUGUUGCAGAUUUGGAGAAUGGAGGAAAAUGGAAGUUAUUUUCCUGUGAAGAAAGAAAACCAUUUGUCUGCUACAGCUUGCGAGGUUGGUGCUUCCUUGAGUGAAAGAGAGAGAACACAUCCUGGCAUUGGAAAAAAGUUAUUGUCUAAAUAGUUAUUCUUAUAUCAUUAAUGCAUUAAUGAAUAUUUUUAAGAUGUUUGUUCUGUCUAUUGUUUCUUUACAGUGAGAGAAACUAGAAAUAUCUUGUGAUGCACUUGUAUGUUAUCACUUCAUUAAUCUGCUCUGUGAUGGUUCUUCAAGACAAUCUGACACUUUGGAAGAUUUUGACUCUGUCAGGUUUCAGACUCAUUCACUAAUUCUCCUUGUGAAUGAGAUUUCAGCUCUUAGCUCUCAGCAGUUUUUUUUGUCAGAUUUAAAAGCAAAAUUGCAAAAAAUACAUUAAGAAUUCACUGGUUUGGGGUUUAUGGAAACCCCUGUCUUAUAGAAAAUAGAUUGGUAAGAUUAAGUAGAUAGACAAAAAUUUGUAAAUUAAU